GGCGUUGACUGCACGUACACAAUGACCACGGACGACGGCAUCCAACCAGACGACAAAUGACACGUGGCGCCAUCGACUGCAAUCAGAACUGAAGGGGGACUUAUUUCUCGGUUCAGAAUCGAAAGAAAAACAAUAAAAAUAUCGAUGCGAGUUUCACUAUUUUUCAUCCGCAAUAUUAUUUAUGCAUACUGUUGUGUGCAUAAGCCGAGAAAGUUCGUAACAGUCACCUGCAAUGUUGAUGCAAUUUUACUCUCUCGCUCUCUUCGUAUAAUGAAAAAAAAUCUUGCGUUUGAUGCAGUUUAUUUACAAAUUUGUGGGUAAUUUUAACUUUAUAUCAUGGAAUCUACAAGAAGAAGGAUAUAUACUUUAGUUUUCGUCAAAAAACCCUCGGAAAUUCUUUUGGGCUUUAAAAAACGAGGACUCGACAAAGGAAAAUGGAAUGGUUUUGGUGGCAAAGUGGAAAAUGAGACUAUCGAGGAAGGAGCUUUAAGAGAGUUAAAAGAAGAAUGUGGUUUAUCCGGCAAUUUGCGAAGAAUUGGAGUACUUGAAUUUGAUGGAAGAGAGAAGAAUACACUUUUAAUAGUUCACGUUUUUGACACUUAUACCUACAACGGAGACAUAACGGAGUCCGAAGAAAUGCUACCAAAAUGGUAUAGCACAGAGGAAAUUCCUUUCAGCGAAAUGAAAGUAGAUACUCGCAUUUGGUUUCCUCAUAUGCUAAAAGGAAAUUUGUUCAAAGGCUACUUUCUGUACCAAGGCGAAGAUACUCUCAUCGAUUACAAAAUUGAACUUUUAACAGAACUUGAUGAAGUAAAAUAGUAUUUUAUUCUGCUGACGCAUCCCCUUGCAAACAAGCUGCUCUUAAGGAGGCGUGAGUCGCUACUCGUUCGAGUUCGUAUUUCUCCUCGGCUUCUUUCAACAAAGCGGAACACCUGAGAUGCUCGCUACUCUCGGAUAUAUCCAGAGGAGUGAAGCCGUUCUUGUCGCAAACACCCAAGUCCACUUUGAACUCGAGAAGCUUCUCGAUAUUGGAACUGUGUCCAUGCUCCGCGCUAAUAUGUAGAGGCGUUCGAUACUGACCUCGAGGACCGCAGGCUAUGUUUGGAUUGGCACCUGCAGACAAGAGGACUCCUAGACAUCGUGAAUUCUCUGUUAUAGCUGCGGCAUGCAAUGCUGUUCGACCCCACGAAUCCUGACUGUUUAUAUACUGAGCGUGUUCGCCUCCAAGAAGAUCCUCUAGAAGCUCGGCAUUGUCCCAGAGAGUAGCUUGAUGGAGUAGACGACCGGGGAAAUCUUCGUCGACGGGAGUGUAGUCCUCCAUUGUGGUGACUGCAAAUUUGCAGAGGCUUUAGAAAGCGAAGGCUUACAAAUUCAACAAUUUGGUAGAAAGUCUUACAAUUAUGUAGAAAAUGGAACGUUUUUGUAAAAAAUUCGUUUAUAACCAUUUUUAAUUAUUAUUCCGAAAUGACAACUUAAUUAAAUCCCGUUAUUGUUGAAAAUUCACCUUUUACG